AAAGCAGCGAUUUUGGGGUUGCGCCUCCAGAGUUGUGGACUUGGGUUGUUGUCAGCGAAGAGUUCGCAUGGGACAGAGCGAUUCGAGUUUCGCCCUCAUCUACACCUUGUGGCGUUAGCUGGAGAUGCUGACAUCACUUCCUCAUCGUGUUCACGGGACACUAAAUCGCCUGGAACCUCCAAGCCAGGAUGUUAUCUAAGGAGAUUUUAAGAAAUACCCGGACCGUCGAGGCAUCUGUGACGACGGAUAACCGCGAGACCUGGGGCAAGAAGGUCGACUUCCUGCUUUCGGUCAUCGGUUUUGCUGUCGACUUGGCUAAUGUUUGGAGAUUUCCUUAUUUGUGCUACAAGAAUGGCGGUGGAGCUUUCUUGGUCCCUUACUGCAUUAUGUUGGUAAUUGGGGGCAUUCCAUUAUUUUACAUGGAACUUGCAUUGGGACAAUUCAACAGAAAGGGGGCCAUCACCUGCUGGGGUCGAUUAUGUCCGCUCUUCAAAGGAAUAGGAUACGCUGUGGUGCUGAUAGCCUUCUACGUGGACUUUUACUACAACGUAAUAAUCGCGUGGGCUUUACGCUUCUUCUUCGCUUCCUUCACCAACAUGUUGCCGUGGACCACUUGCGACAACCCUUGGAACACCCCCAACUGCCGCCCUUUCGACUCCCCCUCAAGAAACCUGACGGAAAACAACAAAACCGACUUGUCCAUUCAACCGAAUUCGGGACUCGAUUCCAGAUUCGCAUCGGCCGCUUCCGAAUAUUUCAAUCGAGCAAUUCUUGAGCUUCAUCAGAGCAAGGGGCUGCACGAUUUGGGGGCGAUCAAGUGGGACAUGGCGCUGUGUCUUCUUGCAGUUUAUGUUAUUUGUUAUUUUUCCUUGUGGAAAGGGAUUUCGACGUCAGGGAAGGUGGUGUGGUUUACGGCGCUUUUUCCAUAUGCUGUUUUGUUGAUUCUCUUGGUGCGAGGGAUUACACUGCCAGGGUCUGCAGAAGGGAUCAAGUAUUAUCUCAAUCCCAACUUCAACGCAAUCACAUCUGCUGAAGUCUGGGUUGAUGCUGCUACUCAAGUCUUCUUCUCCCUUGGUCCUGGUUUUGGAGUCCUUCUCGCUUACGCUUCCUACAAUAAAUACCACAACAACGUUUACAAAGACGCCAUCCUCACCAGUGUCAUAAACUCAGCAACAAGUUUCAUCGCAGGAUUUGUAAUUUUUUCCGUUUUGGGCUACAUGGCACAUGCAGCUGGAUGUUCCAUUCAAGAAGUGGCAACUGAAGGACCUGGUCUAGUUUUUGUUGUGUAUCCAGCAGCCAUUGCUACAAUGCCUGGAAGCAUUUUUUGGGCGCUGAUUUUCUUCAUGAUGCUCCUAACGCUAGGUCUCGAUAGUUCGUUUGGUGGUUCGGAGGCCAUAAUAACAGCUCUCAGCGAUGAAUUUCCACGAAUUGGACGCCACAGAGAAAUUUUCGUUGCUUGUCUCUUCAGUUUGUACUUUGUAGUGGGUUUGGCUUCGUGUUCGCAAGGAGGGUUUUAUUUCUUCCACUUGUUGGACCGAUAUGCAGCUGGAUAUUCGAUGCUUUUCGCUGUUUUUUUCGAAGCUAUUGCCGUUUCGUGGAUUUACGGAACGCAACGAUUUUGUGAUGAUAUUAAAGAUAUGAUUGGUUUUGCACCUGGUUAUUACUGGAGGUUCUGUUGGAAGUUUGCAGCUCCUGUUUUCUUGCUAUUUAUUAUUGUUUAUGGGUUGCUGGGUUAUGAACCUUUGAGCUAUGAAGAUUAUGUUUAUCCAGCUUGGGCGAAUAUUUUGGGAUGGCUUAUAGCGUGCUCAUCAGUUGUUAUGAUUCCAGUUGUGGCCAUUUUUAAACUACUUACCACACCAGGGUCUUUUUUCAAGCGCUUGCAAAUUUUAACAACUCCUUGGCGCGAUACCCAAACAAGUACCCAAGUAAAUGGUGUGGUGCGUUCAGAGAGUAACCAGGUCCGUUUAGCAUCACCAGAAACCCCAGUCCAACCUCCUUCCGAAGUGUGAGAUAACCGUUUCAGUUGUAAAUUCAAAGAAUAUUACGUUUAAUUUUUUCACAAUUUUCUCUAACCGCAAUGUGUCUUUAUUUUCAUUUUAAAGGGCCUACAAGGCUGUUGCGGUUUUAGAAAAUUCAACUGUACUUAGGAAUUAGAGAUUAUUUUGUUAAUUAAUCAUAUUGAGAGUUAGUUUUAAAAAUGAAUGUACAAGUCGCUCACAGCUUUAAGACAUCUUUGUUAGUUAGUAGAGGAUUAAGAACACUUUAGGUACGAUAUUUGAUUAAAAUACACACAAACAGCCAUUAAUAGAUAAUAAAAAUCUACGUUAUUAUCUAUCACAGUGUAGUUUUUUAAUCGAAUAUUGUUAAUGUACCCAAAUUGUAAUCGUAUUUAUUAAAAAAUGUUAGAUGCCCCUAGUUUGGUAUGACAUGUUUUUAUGUAAAAUUUUGUACAUCGACAAAUGUAACAGGUAUACGUGUUAGAAAUAAGCAAAGAUCAUUAAACAGCCAUUUAAUGAUCUUAUUUGUUACCACCAUUUAGACUUUAGUUAACUUUCUUAUGUACUUAUGUGAAAUUGUAAACGCACUGUUGUGAUAUAGGAAAUUGAUUGUUGUUUGUAAAAAUAAGAAACGAAUUCCUUUAAAUGUGAUUUUUCUUAAUAGAGUUUCAGAAAGUGGGGAAAUUGCUUGUGACAGCCAUCGCAAGCAAUUUUCAAAGAGUGUGUUAUACUUGUGUUUAAUAAAUUUUUAUUUAAUUCA